AGCAUCAUCACCAGUAGGAUGUGGCGCGUGUGUCGGUGGCUGUGCGUGUGCGUGUGUGUGUGCCUCGCCAGUGUAUGUAAUUGUCAGAGUGUGUGUCCGUCUCGUUGUCUCUGCUUCAGGACGACGGUCAGAUGUAUGUUCUUGUCACUGGAGACGGUGCCUGCCAUUCCCCAGGACACCACUAUACUAGAUUUAAGGUUCAACAAGAUCAAGGAAAUAGCUCCAAACACCUUCAAACACCUAAAAAGUCUUAACACUCUUUUAUUGAACAAUAACCAGAUAUCGAGGUUACAAAAUGGAGUAUUCAAUGGCCUUUCAGAACUUCGAUACUUAUAUUUAUACAAGAACAAAAUACGAGAGGUGGAGAGCAAAGUUUUCCAAGGGUUGUCAAAGCUGGAGCAAUUGUACCUCCACUUCAACAAGAUUGAAAAGCUUCAUCCAAACACUUUUACCGACUUAACGAAGCUGGAAAGAUUAUUUUUGCACAACAACAAAUUGAGGCACUUAUCGUCAGGCACUUUCAAGGGGCUAGACUCACUAAAGCGAAUACGACUGGACAGCAAUGCUCUAGUGUGUGACUGUGACAUGAUGUGGCUCGCUCAUCUCCUGAGAGACAAGCAGGAUAGCACUCAAGCUGCAGCGACUUGUCAGUUUCCAACCAACAUGGAGGGCAAACCAAUCGCGAAUGUUUCUGACAACGAUUUCCACUGCUCCAAACCACGUUUUACACAGGAGCCCACAGAUGUAGAGGUCAAUUUUGGAGGGAUUGUACACUUCACGUGUAAAGCAGAAGGUGACCCACAGCCCAAAAUUGUUUGGAUGAGGGACAGUAAUGAGAUCAACAUGGAGGAUCCUCGUUACUCCGUGGCAGAGGACGGAACACUCAAGAUCGCACCAAUGUCAGACGCAGACCUCGGUGUGUAUGAGUGUAUGGCUAAGUCUCCUACGGGGGAAGUCAAGUCUCGCAGCGCCAAGAUGAUCUACAACAAGCGCAAUUCCAAACCUUAUUUCCUACAUACACCGCAAGACGUCAACGCAGACAUUGGAGACUCAGUGAGGUUAGACUGCUCUGCGGCUGGACUUCCCUCUCCUGAUCUUCUCUGGACCAAGGACGACUUACCUGUGCAAAACGGAGGCAAAUUUCAGAUCAGUGAAGCUGGAACCCUCACGAUCUCAAGAGUCGCAAGAGAAGACGCUGGAGCCUAUAAAUGUAGUGCUGCCAACUUUCUGGGGAGAGUUUCCUCUGUAGCUCAACUGAGAGUCAAUGGAACGGAUCACAAGUUCUAUCCGAAAGUUCAGCCCCACUUUGUCACCAUGCCAGAGAACCAGACAGUGCGGAGUGGCUCAAAGGCUCAGUUGAGAUGUGAAGCUGACGGAUCACCUGAGCCUGUCAUUACAUGGUUCAAAGACGGCCGCAGCGUCGUUCCUCAGGGACGUGUCAGCAUAACAUCUGAAGGAACCCUACUGACUGUGGAGCACGCCAAAGAGUCAGACUCGGGUUUGUACACCUGUUUGGCCCAGAACCAGGUAGGGUCGGCGGAGGCUAGCGGAGAACUGAGAGUACGAGGCUACGGCCCUCGACCCCCACGACUAGUGCUCACCCCCUACCCUGUCAACGCCCCAGUGGCUUCUAGUGUGGAGCUGCCGUGUAAGGCAGAGGGAGAACCUCUGCCCACAGUGGCUUGGACCAAGGACAGAGUCACACUUAGGGAAGAUAGAAAUCACAGAGUAUUCCCUAUUGGAAGUUUGCGCAUUUACAACUUGACAGUGGAGGACUCAGGACUGUACGAGUGUAUUGCUUCCAACCAGUACGGCUCAGUCAGCGCUCAAGGAACCCUUACUGUUGAAGACCUGAGUGGAGGGGCGGCUCCUGGCGACAGAUACGUUCACUUGGCGUUCCAAGAGGCGGCCGCGGCUGUGGAUCGAGCCAUCAACGCAACCAUCGCCUCUCUGUUUGCUCACAACAACACGCAGAGAACACCAUCGGUGCUCAUGCAGCUGAUGCGCUUCCCUGACAACCACUCCCGUAACAUCAUCAGAGCUGCCGAGGUGUACGAGAGGACGCUGGUCAACAUCCGGCGACAUAUACAGUCUGGGCUCAAGGUCAACUUGACGCAAGACUUCUCCUACGCUGACAUCUUGUCGCCACAGCAGCUGCAACUAGUAGCCAACCUCUCUGGUUGUAUGGAGCACCAGGCCGCAGUUAACUGUUCCGACAUGUGUUUCCACGCCAAGUACCGCACAAUAGACGGAACCUGCAACAACCUGCAGCAUCCGCGCUGGGGCUCGUCACUCAUCGGCUUCCGUAGACUGCUGAGUCCUAUUUACGAAAACGGCUUCAGCACACCUAUUGGAUGGAACAAAGACAAGAAGUACUUUGGUUUUCCCAAGCCAGCUGCCAGGCUUGUUUCAACAUCAGUCAUCAGCACAGAUGACAUCACCCCAGACUCUGAGAUCACUCACAUGGUGAUGCAGUGGGGACAGUUCCUGGACCAUGACCUGGACCAUGCGAUACCCUCCACAUCCGCCGAGAGCUGGGAGGGGAUAGACUGCAAGAAGAGUUGUGCCUAUGCUACUCCUUGCUUCCCAAUGGAGGUGCCAGAAAAUGAUCCGAGGAUACGGAACCGUAGAUGUAUUGACUUCAUCCGCAGCAGCUCUGUGUGUGGGUCAGGAAUGACUUCGGUCUUCUUCAACACUAUUCAGCCAAGAGAACAGAUCAAUCAGCUGACAGCCUACAUUGACGGAUCUCAGGUGUACGGAUUCACCGAGGAGCGAGCCCAGCUACUGCGGGACCUGAGCAGUGACCUAGGUUUGCUGAGGGUGGGGAUUUCCUCCCCAGCAGGCAAGGCUAUGUUGCCCAUCGCUGGAGGUCAAGAGGUCGACUGCCGUAGGGAUGUCACUGAGAGUGAUGUCGGCUGCUUCCUGGCCGGAGACAUCAGAGUCAAUGAACAGAUCGGUCUAACUACGAUGCACACAAUAUGGCUGCGGGAGCACAAUCGGGUAGCGCAGGAAUUACGUGACAUCAACCCCCACUGGGACGGUCACACGUUGUUCUACGAGGCUCGCAAGAUAGUGGGCGCGGAGAUGCAGCACAUCACGUACGCCCAUUGGUUACGUCAUGUACUGGGCGCCAAGGGGAUGAACAUGCUGGGUGAUUACACCGGCUAUAACCCCAACAUUGACCCUGGGAUCUCCAAUGUGUUUGCGACAGCUGCAUUGAGGUUUGGCCACACACUGAUCAACCCAGUGCUACGCAGGCUGGACUCUGAGUUUGCUACUAUUCCUGAGGGCGAUUUACUGCUGGGUAAGGCGUUCUUCUCUCCGUGGCGCCUCGUUGACGAGGGGGGGACUGACCCACUGUUACGAGGGAUGUUCAUGACUGCGGCCAAACGGAAGAUGCCUCAUGAAAACCUGAACAAACAGCUUACUGAACAUUUGUUCACCGUCGCCCAUGCGGUCUCUUUAGACUUGGCUGCCAUGAAUAUUCAGCGAGGACGUGACCACGCUCUCCCACCUUACAACGAUUACCGCGCAGUCUGCAACCUCACAGUGGCACAGACCUUUGAUGACCUACGGGGCGAAAUAUCCAACAAAGCCGUCAGGGACCAACUCCAAGAGCUUUAUGGUCAUCCAGGUAACAUUGACGUCUGGGUUGGGGGCAUCCUCGAGGACCCAGUGGACGGAGCCAGAGUCGGACCUCUGUUCAGGUGUAUCCUUGUGGAUCAGUUCCGCCGUAUGCGAGAUGGCGACAGGUUCUGGUAUGAGUCACUAGCCACUUUCAAGCCGGAGCAGUUGACACAGAUCAAACAGGCCUCUCUAGCUCGGGUGUUGUGUGACAACGGAGACAACAUCACCCGAGUUACACCCGACGUGUUCCUGCUCCCUUCUGUGCAGCAACCCUCUCUCGUCUCCUGCCGGGAUCUGCCAGCAAUGGAUCUGCGCUUUUGGUAUGAGUGCGAAGACUGUGAUAGCGAUGAGAACGAGCUGAGGACGAGGCGAGACCUGAUGAACGCUACUGACUCCAGACUAGAGGGUCUGGAGACGAUGGUGCAGGAGUUGCAGAAGAGUGUGAAAACUCUCAAGAGAAGGAUAAAACAGCUGACUCAUUGUAGGGACAGCAACGGAACACUGAGGAAGGAAGGGCAGAGAUGGGUCAAGGACGCUUGUACGACCUGCGACUGUAGAAAGGAGCAGGUAACCUGUACGACCCUGGUGUGUCCGAAGCUCACGUGUGAUCGUCCAGUGAAAAAGCCAAACAUUUGUUGUCCUACGUGUGAAUGAUAGUCAGCAGUGAAACUCAAAACUAACUGGUAACCGCUAAACCGUCAAACAAACUGUUUGUCAUUUACAAAAAACUUACAGUUUUUUAGAACACAGUGAAAAUUUGCACGGUUUUCUAAAAACGGGAGAUUAUUACGAGAUAUUUUCUGCACUAAGAUAAGUGUUUUUAUUUUCUAACAAGUUUCUUGUGGACACACAUAUAGUCGAAGAAGUAUAUUUUUAGUGAUUUUAACAUUACAGUUUAAAAUGUUGAAAUAUUCUUAAGGCUGCUUUAUGCAUCACCAAAAGAUUUAAAAGAAUAUACUUAUUGUUUUUAAUAGCAAUGGAAAUAAUCUGUUACUAUGUGUUUUAAAUUUAUUGCUGAAAUAGGUUCUGAAUUGAAAGCAAUAUGUUUUUUUUUUUUUUAUUUGAUAUAAAUUGCAUUUUGUAUUAUUUAGCCUGCUUAGUCAAAACUAGCAGCAAUUAUUGUAAUCGUUUAUCAACAUGGAUUCAUUUGGUUGGUGCAAUCUGAUUAAAGUUAUGUGCUAAAGUGGGGUUAUAGGUUUGCAGCCAUAUUGGUCACAAUGUCAUAAGAGACUUGAUCACUUCAAGCUAACCUAAUUUCAGUGAUGUUUAAUAUGCUGGCCACUGGAGUCUAUUUAUGUUCAAGAUUUAUAACUGUGAAAGAACAAAACACCACGAUCCCUUACACCAAAUAUCUUUGCAAUUAGAUUGCACCAGCCAAAUUGUUGCAAGUAUCAGCAAAAAAACUGUACAUUAAAGGAUCUGGUCUAAAGAAAUGCCAAUAGUUUGUUUUACAUUUGAGCAUUAAUUAUAUAAUGCUUUACUUAGUUUAACUGCUUUUUUGUAUUAUUUUAGUCAACUGCUCGACCAUUGCUGGAUUUAAGAUGUUUUCUCAACAAAUUAUUAUGUAGGUAUUUUGCGUCGUUGCUACUUGAAUAGUUAAAUAAUGGAAGAACUGUUAUAUUAAUUUUAUUCAUCUAUAGCUGGAUAUCAUUUGCAAGAGGUUUUCUUUUCUGCCAUUUUUAUUCCAGCCAUUCAACACUAACAUUGAUCAAAAUUGUCUUCUUAUGUUUUAAUAAUUCACAAGAGUUUAAACUUUUUAGAUUGUUGUUGACAUAAUUUUUUGACUGUUCUUUAGCUUUAGUAGUAAAAUAAAAUGUUAAUUAUUCUAGAAUUGUAAAUAGACAACAGUUUUGUGUUAAAACUAAAUGCAUUUUCCUUGUGACAUAGAAGUUUUGUAUAAUUUAUUUGCAAGCGAGUUUUUUUAGUUUUAUUUUCCAAUUGAAUUAGAAUGCAUAAGUUAUUAGUUUAAUUGCUUCUAAUUUUACAAUUUUUUUUGUCCCUUUAAUUUUCUGUGGAAACACAUGAAAACUUAUCAAUAUUAUGAUAGCUUACAUAUUUAAUUGUUCUUAUGUAAAUGAACUAUUUUUUAAGGUAUAGUUUUAUAUUACUGUGAAUAACAUAAGCUUGUGAUUGCCAUAUUGUAAUACCAUGUCUUUUUUCUGUUGAUUCUUUCCGAUUCAUUAAACUUUUAAAAGUAACUAGUCGGAUUGGAGUCAUACUGUUUAGGAAUUUGAUUUGAUCAUGGAGUGAUCUUAAAAACAGUUACUUAAGAAUGAACACAAACAAAUUUGCCUAGAAUUUUCUUUCUUUUCAAACAUUUUUACCAUUUUAAAUUAAUUAUAGCUAUGUUUUUUUUUACAAUCACAACUCAUUGAAUUUCUUUUGUGAGUAUCUCUCUAAAUGCUAAAGGAUGUUCUAGCUUACCUGUGUGUUUUUAACUUUAUAUUUUAUGUUUAUUCAAAGAAUUUAUUUAUUAUGACAGCCAGCUUUCCAAAAGCAUAGCUUUAUUUUAUUUUAGAUUUAUUGUAAAGGAGUUCAUGUUUGUAAAUUUCUCGGCCAAAUAUGUUUCUGACAUAUUUCUAAAACCGGUUGGUUUGUAAAUAAAACAUUAUUUUAAAUAAAACUCUUAAGCCCUUACAGUUUUAUUUUAGUUAACACUUGUAUAUUUUUAGUGAAGUGUUUAUAAAUGAUUGCGUCUUUCUUUCUGCCAUGUUAAAAACAUGACAAGUGUGUUUUAUACAGUGUAAUAAAAGUUGAA